AUGAGACACUGGUACGGGCGUGGUCGGCCAUUGCGCACAGCUAUCGCAGCAUGCUGUCUCGCAGCAUUCCUCUUCUUCGGUUUCGAUCAAGGUGUCUUCUCCGGCAUAUUGCAGAAUGAGAAUUGGCUGGACCUGUUCCAUCACCCUGAUGACACUGAGACCGGGAUUCUCGUCAGCUGCUACUGCCUCGGUGCCCUCGGAGGAUGCGGCAUCAAUUUCUUUAUUGGAGACCACCUCGGUCGACGUCGCAUGAUGUGGCUUGCUAUGAGUUUCGUCAUUGUCGGCGCCAGUUUGCAAACAUCCGCAUACACGAAAGCGCAUUUGAUCGUCGGGCGCGUAAUCACUGGUUUGGGUACAGGCAUAGAUUCAUCCACAGUCCCCAUGUAUCAGUCCGAGCUGUGCAGAAAAGAGAAGCGAGGUCGACUGGUUUCGUGGGAAGUAUUAUUCAUCGGCAUUGGUAUUUCUUUCGCAUACUGGCUAGACUUUGGCAUGUCAUAUGCAGGUGGUGCAAUUGCAUGGCGUUUACCCAUCUCUGUUCAGCUAAUCUUCGCCAUCUGUGUCAUCAUCCUGUUGUUUGGCCUCCCAGAGUCUCCUAGAUGGUUGUUCAAAAAGGGCCGCGAAGAAGAAGCCAUUCAAGUUCUGUGUGCUGUUUUCGAUCUUCCAGAAAAUGAUCCAUACAUCAUGUCCGAAGUGGCAAACAUCAAGCACGCUCUGGCCGUCGAGUCCGGCGUUCGGAGCCAUAGAGCACUGUUCAGAAACGACAAACUCAAAACGAGAAGGAGAAUCAUUCUCGCUUACUUUUCUCUCUUUAUGAAUCAGAUGGUGGGCAUAAACCUGGUGGUUUAUUACAUGCCCACAGUUCUCGUUGCGACGGUGGAUCUCACGCCUCGUGUUGCACAAAUCAUUGCAGGAUUCAUUCAACUGAUGUUCAUCGUCGGCAAUCUGGGACCUGCCCUCGCUCUGGACCGCAUGGGUCGACGUAAGACUAUGCUAUACGGCUGCUUUGGUCUCGGCAUCUGCAUGAUGAUGGCAUCGAUCUUGCUAUCGUUUGGGAAGAAGAACACCUCUUCCGCCGCUGUGGCCUUCUUCUUUGUGUACAUGAUCAUAUUUGGCGGCUCAAUCAACGUUGUCCCCUGGGUUUACGGUCCAGAGAUUCUACCGUUGCAGGCUCGCUCCAGAGGAACUGCCAUUUCGGUUGCUGCACAUUGGACAUGGAACUUCUUUGUUGUCAUGAUCACGCCUGUCCUCAUCAACCGUCUCGGCUGGAAAACAUACCUCAUCUUCAUGUCCUUGGCCUUCUCUUUCGUCCCGAUUAUCUACUUCUUCUACCCUGAAACAUCGAACAUCUCUCUUGAAGACAUCGACCGUAUCUUUAUCAAAGAUGGAGAGAGCUUCAGCAGUGAUAACGACAUCUCAAGUGAGAGAUCAAGUACUGUCGCAGAAAACGACUCAGUCAGGCACGUUGGACAUGAACAGACGGAGAAGGUCGGCGAGAAGCAAGUCGAGGAUGUGUAG